AUGGGUCCACGGCGNAAAAAGAACAAGCCAUCUACUGCUCAAGACGACCCCGACAGUACUCAGUCUGACAAUACUCUACCGCACAAAGUCCCACCACUAUCAACCACCCAGGGCAACUCUCAACAGCAGCGCGAUACGGAUAAAGCUCUGCCUGAUGCGAAACAGCCAUUCAAUGCCUCGGACUCUCCAACGACAUCCACAUCCACAGCCGACAAGCGAGGCAGCUGGUACAAGGGUGCUUCAUGGCGCUCAAAAGCCAACCCUGUCGCCCAAGCCACCCAUGAAAGCAUCUCAGUAAGUGGAGGCGCGACCAACGAGUCGCUAGCAGACACUCCCAAAUCUGGAGGCCGCUUCGUCCAUCCUUCAUUGCGACGCAGUUCCAAGUCAAUCCCAACAAUCUCGUCAGAGUCUAUCAAUGCCACAGGCAGCAAUGUCAAGACCGACAAGCCUGCCUUCUUCUCCGACAAUAUCAGGAAAUCAAGUGUCGACUUUAAGAAAGCUCCCAUCAAGGAACAAGAAGAUGACACUACCGACAACAAGAACUCAAAGCCAGACGAGAGUGUCAAUGAAGUCGCAAUCAAGACAGAUCAUGCAAAUGUCAGAGUCGCUGCCACUACAUCCUCUUCGACAGAUCUGAAGCCUCUUCCAGCCGAUGUAACCAAUCAGGAGACACCACAAACCGCGCCUGAAGCUCCAUUACCGCCAGAGCCCACACACGAUGCUGCCUCGGGCUGGUUUGGAGGAUGGUGGUCACGUCCUGAUGGAUACACUGAUCACUCUAGGAUGUUGAAAGCACAAGAUGAUCGUAAAGAAGCCUCGAGCACCCCGUUACCUUCGACGCCAGAACAAAAACCUACCCAGGAAACUAGUCUCAAUGUCGAGCCCAUCAACAUCAAUGAUACAAUGCACUCUAUCCGUAGUGUGGGUACCACUGCAUCGUCGCGCAGCUGGUUUGGCCUAUGGAGUAAUGCUCAGAACCAGCAACAGGCAGAGCAGGAGACAGCCACAACUCCCUCCAAGGACGCAUCGCCUGAUCGACCUGCGGCUAUCGAAGAGCAAGCGACCCAACCAGCCGACACACCAACGAAGAAGCCCACAGCACCAGAAAUCAGACAAAGAGAAGAGACGCCGCAAAACAAGUCGUCAGGCUGGGCUUUCUGGUCGCGAGCUCAAGGAAAAGACGAGAGCGAAACCCCCAACGGUACACAGCGACAGGUCGGAGAACUUGCCGUUGCAGACACACCCUCGCAAUCUCAUCCCGAAGCUGCUCAGUUCAACGAGCAGCGCCAGCAAAAAGCAAAGCCAACCAAGCUCAAUCUUUCAACCAUCAACAACAGCAGUUCCACAUCACUCUCGUCAACUAGUCAGCCUCAGGUUGCCCUGAAAGACGCCGCCAUCAAAGCACCUGACACGACUAAGAAUGCGAUCGAUGCAAGAACACCAAAGCCUCAAGCACAUUCCAAUCUCGUUAUACCCAGCUUCGACGAAAGCUACUCUCCUGAAUAUAUCCCUUCGUACCGCGAGCGUCUCACCACGUACGUCGCCUCUACUCUUCGUCUCAUCGACAUGCCCACCGCUCCCAAGCACGUUUCAAUCACACCAACUCCACCAAAGAUAAAGAAUGCCAUCGCCAUUGGCGUGCACGGUUAUUUCCCUGCACCCCUGAUCCAAAAGGUGCUCGGUCAACCUACAGGAACCUCGAUCCGCUUUGCCAACUAUGCUUCGACUGCUAUCCGUGAUUGGGUCCAAACCAAUCAGCCCGACACGCCUUGCGAGAUCGAAACAGUCGCUCUGGAGGGCGAAGGCUUCAUCGCUGACCGGGUCGCUACUCUGUGGAAACUCAUGCUGAACUGGCUGUCUCAUCUUCGCCAAGCUGAUCUCAUCCUCGUCGCCUGCCAUUCUCAAGGUGUCCCAGUCGCCAUCAUGCUAGUUCACAAACUCCUUCAACUAGGUUGCCUUUCACCUCAUGCCAAAAUCGGCAUAUGCGCCAUGGCAGGCGUCAACCUGGGGCCUUUCGCAGACUACAAAAGUAGAUGGCUAGGUGCAGGCGCCGCGGCCGAGUUGUUCGAGUUUAGCAGACAGGACAGUCGAGUCAGUACCGAAUACAAAACUGCUCUCGAUGGUGUGUUGAGACAUGGCGUGAGGAUAACAUAUUGUGGUAGCAUCGACGAUCAGCUGGUCUCUCUUGAGGUAUGUAUUUUCCGUCGGUUUCCUUCUGUCAUCCUCUUACUAAUUCUUGGUCAUAGNUCUUCCACAUUCACAACCCUCACCCAUCCCUACGUCUAUCGUGCCGUCUUCGUCGACGGUCGCCUGCAUGCCCCCGACUUUCUCUCGCACCUCGUCGCCUUCGCCCUUAAACUCCGUAAUUUGGGUGUCUCCGACCAUGGCCUCAUCCGCGAACUCUCCCUCCCUCUAGCAGGCUCUCUCUACGGCGGCGAAGGCCACUCCCGCAUCUACGACGAUCCAGCAGUCUACACCCUCGCCCUCCGCUUCUGCCUCGAGACCACCGACCUACCCACCACCGCUUCCUCUACCCCUGACGCAACUUCCCUUCGUUCUUCCCGAGCUGGCCCUCCCUCCUCCGUCAGCGCCGCAAAUUCCCUACGCAGAGGCAGUGUUUCUGCAUCUUCCAUCUCUGGCAUCACUCCCACAUUUGCAGACUUUGAAGUCCCGGCUAGUGGCAGUAAUGCCAAUCCUUACUUCUUACCUUGGGCAUUGCGAGGCAUUCUUGAAGAAGAAAUUGUGAAAGGGGACAUGAAGGAUGAAGUUCAGAAUCUGGUCAAUGAGUUUGAGGAGUGGAGGCCGGUUAGUAAGGUGCUCAAGGAUGUGAGGUUUAGAUUAGAGGGGGUGAGGAGUAAACUUUGA